AUUUAACGGUUUACAGAAAUCGAGAAUUCAAUCUGUAUCGAAGGCUUGUCGUUUUUGUUUUAACGAUGUUUUUGUGAUCGAGACUAUGCAAUAUCUGGCUGUCCUUUGACUAACGAAAGGGAGAAGCACACGAAGGUGAUGGGGAAGGAUGGAGCUGGUGAUUCCGAAAACCGCGGUCAAGACUCCUCUAACGAAAAGCUCAAUGGUGCUAGUGGCAAAUCUCUGAUUGCUCCGCCGCCUACACAAAUCACCAAAGUCAAAUCAACCAGCCCGUUCGUCAAGAAAGAAAAGCGCCAAAACUCGUCUCGCUUCAAUACAUCAGAACACUACGAGCUGCAGAAGUUGCCUUCCAUGAAAGCAUGAAAGCUUCGAGCUGUUCGCUGUGAAAAAAAGAAGAAAUAGGCAGUGGCGAAGAUCAGUAUUGAGUGUCGUAUAGAAGAGGAGGGUCUGGUGAAAAAGAUAAGAUCCGAAAUUUCCGGGGUGUUCCUGUGAGAUUUUAAAAAAAAAAACGGAAGAAAAGAGUUGCGUGAUCGCCGCGAGUCGCUGCGAAAAUAGUGCCGACGUACCUGACGAACAUUUUGGCGAGGAAUCGCCGCCUGCAGGAUGCAACGUUCCUGGAGCGAGUGAUUAGCGGGACGUGGGGAUUGGGGAUGAAAGGCGGGAUGGCGCCGACGGCGACUAUGUCAGUGGCGGGCAAUGGCGGCGGCGCCAAGCCGCGCCCGGGCGCCGCGGACGCGCCGCCCAGCGUCGGUGCGUUUCUGAGUCUGUACGAGGUCGACCAGCCCAAGUUUUCAGAUGUUCCGGAAAAGGAGAGAGAAGCGCUUUUUGUGCAAAAGAUUCAGCAGUGUUGCGUGGUGUUCGAUUUCGUGUCGGAACCGCUCUCUGAUCUCAAGUACAAAGAGAUCAAGCGGACGACAUUGCACGAUAUGGUCGACUACGUCAACACAAAUCGCGGAGUCAUCACUGACCCGAUUUAUGCUGAAGCCGUUCGCAUGUUUGCCGUGAACCUUUUCCGAGCUUUGCCGCCUUCAUCAAAUCCAACUGGAGCAGAGUUUGACCCUGAGGAAGACGAACCAACUUUGGAAGCUGCUUGGCCGCAUUUGCAGCUUGUUUACGAGUUUUUCCUCAGAUUUCUCGAGAGUCCGGACUUCCAACCAAACAUUGCAAAACGAUUCAUUGACCAGACGUUUGUACUUCAGUUACUGGACUUGUUUGACUCCGAGGAUCCUCGAGAACGGGAUUUUCUGAAGACCACGCUACACCGCAUUUAUGGAAAAUUUUUGGGAUUACGAGCUUACAUCCGAAAGCAGAUCAACAACAUAUUUUACAAGUUCAUUUAUGAGACCGAACGUCACAACGGUGUUGCAGAGCUUUUGGAGAUUUUAGGAAGCAUCAUCAACGGGUUUGCUCUACCGCUAAAGGAAGAGCACAAGCAGUUCCUGCUCAAAGUGCUGCUUCCACUCCACAAGGUCAAGUCCUUGUCAGUGUAUCAUCCACAGUUGGCAUACUGUGUCGUGCAGUUCUUGGAAAAGGACCCUUCGCUCACGGAACCAGUCAUUGUAAACCUCCUCAAGUUCUGGCCGAAGGUCCACUCUCCGAAGGAAGUGAUGUUCCUCAACGAACUGGAGGAAAUUCUUGAUGUGAUCGAGCCUGCAGAGUUCCAGAAAGUCAUGGUCCCGCUGUUCCGGCAGCUCGCUAAAUGCGUGUCUUCACCACAUUUCCAGGUGGCGGAACGAGCGCUUUAUUAUUGGAACAACGAAUACAUCAUGUCGCUUGUCAGUGAUAAUGCUAAGGUCAUUCUGCCAAUCAUGUUCCCGUCUCUGUACAAAAACUCCAAGUCACACUGGAACAAAACAAUUCAUGGCCUCAUCUACAACGCUCUCAAGCUGUUCAUGGAAAUGAACCAGAAACUCUUCGAUGAAUGCACUCAGAAGUAUAAGGCGGAAAAAAUGCAGGACGUGUCAAGACUGAAGCUGCGAGAGGAGAACUGGAGGAAGAUGCAUGAGCUGGCUGUGGGGAGCCCGGUGUACCAGCAAAUAUCGGAUCAGGUGGCCUUGACUCCGGAUCCGCCGAUGGGCUCGUCUAUGGCCGACUUUUGCAAUGCUGUGUCUAUUGUUCCCGGCGCAGCGUCAGUGGUAACAAUCACCCCGGCGCCCGUGCGGGAGAUGGUUGCUGUGAAUCCCGCCGAGGAUCUGACGCACGAGCGCAUAGAAGCCGGGGCUGCUGAGGCCAUGAAAGCUAGGAACAAAGAGAAGCCGCUGCUGCGGAGGAAGUCGGAACUGCCGCACGACUCGCUGACAGCCAAGGCUCUGAUCGACCACAAACGCGCCGACGACUUCCUGCGCCCGGCGGCCAUGGAGCCCAAUGCCGCCGCGCCGCCACCGCCGCCCUGAGUGCUCCCUGCCGCGUGCGCACCUGUACUGUAAUUUUUUUUCUCUCUCUUCUCGCACAUUUGGGUUGAUUCUCGUUCACCGCCCUCACACGAGUAAGUGUUGCAACUCAUUUUCACGAGCUCUGCUUCCGCCUUCUUUUGAGAGGCGUUUCGCUGGAAAGAAAGAUUAGGAAAUAACACGGUAAUUUACUAAUAUUGUGUCCCAUUAAUUUUAAGUUUUUUUUUCCGCUCUCGUUGUCUUCGACAUUCCGAUCAAAAUUUCAGUUCCUUUCGUGUCAUGCUUCCGUUGGACGAUUUGUUGAUUUAAUCCCACGAAUGAUGACGAAGGAAAUGUUUGUUGAAGUUUUUUGAAACCACAGCCGCUGUAAUAUCGCCGGUUCAAUUAAUUGUGUAUGUGCUUGAAUCGUCAUGAUUAAUCUUUCAAGUAGGUGAAAAUAACAUUUAAUAAAGUACCCAAUUGUUGGCUUUUGCUUUCUAAUAGUUUUUUUUUGGACAGAGGAGUUUAAUGAAUUUAUGUCCAAGGUCUUAUUUUUUGCUUUUGAAAUCAAUGUUUUGCUCUAGCGGCUUUCUCCUGAUUUGAAAAAGAGCAAGCUUUUUUUUCAUUGAUUUGAGCCUUGUUGCAAAUUUCUCAACGUUCCCCAAAGUUGAACUGGUUUUUUUCGGUGUGGGAGAGUGAUGAACGAGGAUUGAUUUACUUUGUUUCUUCAGAGCAAGGUUCAUCAGUUCAUCCGUUUCUUGCGACGAUUACCGUAUAAAAGUGAUCAAACUUGUCGCGAAGAAUGUUUUUUUUAGUAGUGUUACUUUUCUGGACUGAUGACGUGCGCAGAAUAAUCUAGGAGCGCAGGUGCAAGACUCGUGUGAAGUUGGAGGAGCGCAAUUAAUUAACCCUGUCCCCAAUCGCUGGUCGGCUGUUCGCAAGCAUAGAAGAUUAAGAGGAAAUGUUUCUUUUCGUGGGAACGAUUUCAUGAGUCUUGGGCAGCAAAGAAAGACCGUUUUCAAGUCUUGUGUAUCGGAUCAACAUUGACGGAAUAUUGUCUUCAACCGUCGAGAAAUUAUCCGCUUCCGAGUGGGAGCUUUUUUAAAGAAUUAAAGCCAUUAAAAGUAGGUUGCGUUUUUGAAAAAGGGAAACAAACGAGAAUGUAAAAUAAUUAUUUUGUGAUUAAAUGGGUGAAUUCUGGGACGAAGUAAGCGGUAUAGUUUAGGACUCAAAAAAAUGCAGGCCCUUCGAAUUCAUUCAAGAAAUAUUUCACGGGGAUCAGUUCGCUUCGAUGAGCUAUCUUGAUUCUUCGCUGUCCAAGACCGUGUGUAUCGUACUACUUUUAACAUUCGUAUGCUAAUCUGAACUUUUUUUUACUGGCCCCCGGCAGAAAUGUCAUCCCAAAGCACUUGAACGUCUGCGUUUCGUGUGCCUUUUUCGAAAAUGGCAAAUUUCCUCCAUGCGUGAUUCAUUUCCGGUUUUCAUCGUAAUUUCGAAGUAUUAAACCACGGUUUUUCGCGCUUGAAAAUAAAACAGACAAAAAAUGAAAGACAAACGAAUCUUCCUGAUCGUAGCGGCAAUUGAAGUCAACUUCCGAUGGGAAUGAAGAAAGGCCCGGUGAUGAGUAAUGAUAACGAUGAUUAGGCCCCCAGCUGAGCGAGAAUAACUUCCGGUAGAAGUAUUUUGAAUUGAGCGUCUCUUGCGAAGAAAGAAGUUUCCGCCAGCUAGAGUAUUUUGUUAUCCAGAGAAGUUUUUUCCGCUGUCCUCUGCUGCACAUUCCGGGUUACUCAUGAGUUUAUACUUCAUAUUUUGUUGCUAAUCGGGAUCCACCGGCGCGUGAAUCGUUUCAACAAAACCCUGGCAAACAUUCUUGAUUUCGGUGAAACGAAAAAUUAAACUCGAGAUUUCCGUUUUGCUUAACCGAUUUUCGAUGCGCAGGUUUUCUGGUGGAUUCAGUGACUGAAAAAAUGGAACCCAAAGGGUGGUUUCAUGCUUUUUUUUUUCUUCUUUUCGUUGCAUUCCGCGUUCUGCCGCCAGGGAGUGAAUGGGACCCCUUCCCCCCCCUAACAGAAACCCUAGACUAUUUUAUGUGUCGAGCGAUGGACUCAUUAUUGACGAGGCAUGCGGUAGUAUAUUUUACUCGAGAACGAUCGUGAAGAGUGACUGUUGCGAAGGGGUAAUUUAUAUCAUAGCGGUUUUGUUCCCGGCGUCGAUAGAAGCUUUUCUUUUUUAUUUAAAUUUUUUUCGAAAGCCACGCCUGUUUUGGUCGUGGGGUUUCUGGGGCUUUUCUCCGGGAUUUAUGCGGGUUUCACGAACUGAUUUUUUUCUCGGCUGGUGCACCCUAUAUUACGUCGAACAAAAGCAGCCUCUUGGUGUGAUGGAAAUCUACUGAAAAGAUUUUGAACAAUGUACACCUCCAGUUGAAAAGGAAGGAAAGAGAGACUCGCUGCUGGAACGAGAAAGUUUGCAUACGCACUAGAUCAAAUCAAAAUUGAAUGCAGAAAUGGAAGAGGAAAAAAAUGUAUCGAUAGGCGGAUCAGCUUUUCUCGCUAUAAGAAGCGAAUCCUUCUUUUGCUCCCUUUUUUCUUUGGGUUUCUCUGGAAUGAAAAGAAAAGGUAAAAUUAAUGGUUGUGCGUCGGGAGACUUUUUUUUUUUGUGGAGAGUUUUUCUGGGGCUUGAAGAUGGAUAUGCCGAGAUUUUUUUUUUUUUUGGCUAGAUCUGAAAUUCUGUUCAUGUUUGAUCGCAAUGCUGUCCGUUCCCGGAGCCUUAGGGAUUUGAUGAUCUGCAGAAAGAGACUUUCAUGGGAUCGUGCUUUAAACAAAGAAAAAAAUGUGGAGGCACAGUGAUGCUCGCAAAAUUUUCACGUGAAUCCUUCAGUGGUCGCUGAAACCCGGGGAAUUGCCCCGAGUUAUUAUUUUUUUCCUUAGUGUUCGCAGCUGCGGUAAAAUCGCGUCGGCGCUGUGUCGGUAGCGGGCCCCGAAUGUUGGUGUUGAGGAGGCUGAGCACAUGAAGCAAGUGAUCGCGGCGAAGGAGGACUAAAAAAAAAGAGAGAAAGAGAAAAAGGGGAAUUGGUGUAAGUUCUCGUCGGCGAGGCGGGUUAUGCUUGGGAGAACGUAGAUGUGGGUGUCGUGUAUGAUUUUAAUCGCUCUGUUCACCCCCUUGUGGUUCGAAAAUGUUGAACGAAGAAAGAAACUGAGGGAACGACGAAGAUGUCUAGUGGAGCGUUUGUUGAACAA